CCGUCACGCACGAGUAAUACUAUGCAGGUCUGCAUCAAUAUCACCACGCUAUCGUCAAGUGUGUCAUGGAGUAGUCUCCAAGUGUGUACGUUGUGGGAGAUCGAUACGCGUAUGGCCACAUCUCGGGCAACAGCUCUCAGCGAGGUGUGUUCUACGCAACCUCAACACAACUGUGCCGUACUUCCUGUAUGGUCGACCAAGUACCGAGGUGCAGAAUCAAGUACCCGUCGAGAAUGCGAGAACUCAAGUGGUAUGAGUCGUCUCAAGCUUGAAGAAGGCGUGGGAGGAUGAAAUGAUAGAAAUUGUGGAGGCCUGCUGCCACUGCGCAAUCGAAGUUGGCCUUCAUACUCGCUCAACGAGUCCAUCUGCCUUACCGCUGCUUCUGGCGACCCGAAGUUUUCACGAUGUUGCUUUCACGAGUCUUGUCCGUGUUGCUUUUGCAACACCUGACUUUGGUACUUGCUCGAGUCUAUAACUCGACAAUCGCUUUAGGAGAUGAAUAUUCUCCUCUCAAGAUUCGCGACGAAAGAGUCAGCUGUGGCGCUCAAUGCCGUGCUUGCAAUGAUGAGUCGGAUUGCGGCACCGCCUUGAAGCGCAGUGUCUACAAAUACACCCCAGAUUGGUUUCUGGAGUCUGAUACUGGCGAGAAUGGAGCAGCGAUCGUCCAGGAAGCGAGCGGCAAUCACAGCUCUGCAAUCCAGAAGCGAGACCUGAAAAAGCUUAGAGGCCCAACAGCAGCUGCAUAUUGCGCCGCAUUGUGCAAGAAAGGCAGCAAGAAAAAUCUUUGCCCGUUUAGAUCGAAACGCCAAGUAUCGUUUGCUGUUCAGCAAACGUUCAUAGACCAGAAGUAUUUCACAUUAAAUACUGCAUCGACGGUGCUGUCUGGCUGCUCCAUUUUGACCGUGGUGUCCAAUCGUGCGGUCUACAUGACUCACCUCUUUCAAGACUUGGGAUUUGAAAACGCUCCACCGACAGACGAGGAGGCUCUCAAGAAAUGGGACCCUACGCCACCUGAUUUCCAAAAGAAUGUACUUAAUCUAAUUGAAGGUCUGAAACCACUCUAUCGAGCGGAUGGCCCAGCCUUAGACGUGAGCCUUUUCAAUCAGCCUGGAGACAAUUCCUACGCGUCCAUCAUGACUCCCAGAGACCCCGAAAAUAUGCAAGACUACUAUCCAGAUAAGGUCGGGAUUCUGAAAGUUUUACUCGAAAAAUUGAUUCCCGGAAUCCGCUUCGAUUCAGUCCCUUACAUCUCCAUGAACGAGGAGUACGAUCCAGGCUACGGCGCUGCUGCUUUCGAAUACGACCCAGAUGGAGAUGGGGUGGGUAACGCUGAUUGGAGACUCUUGUACGAGAACAAUAUGAAAAUGGGCUCGGAGAUUAACGGGCUCGUGGGUUCGGGGAAGGUCAAUCCAUAGAUGCCCGCCUUUUGUACAUCCUCAUUGCCGCAGGCCAUUCCCAGGCAAGGAUCGAGUAUAUAUUACGUAUUGCGGGCUGCUCGAGAGAAAAUUUCUGCUUUCUUAAUGCUGUGCAUGCUUGUCCUCUGGGAUGAAAUAAAGGUAUGCAAGCACUUGCCAUCUGCACACGACGUGAGUUGUGUAUGAUCAGGCGCGUAGCAUUAACCGAUAUGUGGCAAAUUUGGCUGGAACGUCAGCGGCGACGACGCAGCCUGGCGGCCAAACCCCCG